UAAUAUUCAAAUUUAUCUAUGGUGUUACAUAUAUUAUGAUAAAAAGAAAACCACGUACUAAUAAUAAAUAUUAUUAGGUGAUGUCAGUAUUUAUAAAUAAGUAUUGAAUUUCAUUGUUUAAAAAUAAUUUGUAUCGAGAAUUACUUCGAAGAUGCAUAAAAAACAAACCUCUUCAGAUUUUGAGAUUGCACCUCUAAGAUCUUUGGGCGAUUUUCUUUUAGAAGCCGCCCGUUUUCAAAUACCAAAUGUAAAAGAUUUCGAAAGAUGGGGUAAUAGAGUUACACAAAAUUUGUUAUACUACCAAACGAAUUAUUUCUUGAUGUCCAUUCUGAUAUUUAUAAUAGUGGGUAUAAUACAUCCUAUUAAAAUGGCUUGUGGGAUAUUAGCAACAGCUGUACUUUUCAUGAUUUUUGUUUAUAUUACAAACGAAAAGGCAAGUGCUGCUAGAUUUAAAAAAAGACAUCCAAUUGUUUCGAUUUUCGUCAUUUUUGCCUGUGCUUAUUUCCUCGCAUACAUGUUACAAUCCCUCAUGGUUUUCCUUCUUGGUGUUUUAUUACCUGUGGCAGCAAUUUUCAUUCACGCUUCUUUGAGAUUGAGAAACAUGAAAAAUAAAAUUGCUAAUAAAGUAGAGAGCUUGGGUCUUAGAACAACUCCUAUGGGAUUUUUUCUUGAAGAAAUGGGUCUGGAAAGUGAGUUAUUCUGAAAAUCUGUCUAAUUUACUUGAUAUAUCCUCAAAAGGUCAUAAUUAGUACUGAAUAAUUGUUCUAUUUGCUAUUUUUAAAAAAAUUUAAAGAGGGUUUGAAAAAAAUGACACAUUUAGUGAUAUGUAUGUAGCUUUACUGGAUAAUCAUGAUUUAAACAAUUUGUAUACUAUUUUAGUUUUUGUAACAUUCAAUGUAUUUAGAGCGUAUUCCAACUACAAAGUGCAGUAUGAAAACUUGAUAAAAGUUAUUUUGUGAAUGUUGCUUCUUAUAAUGAAUACAUAUUCCUUUUAUUUUUGUUUUACUUGGUUUUUUAACAUCAAAUUGGAUAGGUGACGUCUUCUGUAGACCAUACACUGUCUAAACUCAUGCCUCACUUUACAUUACCAAAUGUCGAUGUCCUCUGAGAACCUUCUGAUGUCAUUAGGUAGGUGUGAGGCUUGUCCAAGUAUUUGAACCGCACUCACACAUGACAUCGUCUGCAGUUUCAUUCUCUUCCAUGUACUAGCGGCACUCCGGAUCAUCCAUGAUGCCCAGGAGGUGACCAAGUCUGAUCACUAGUUGAAUUUCGCGCUUAUUUAGUUGGAGCAGUUGUUUGGUAAGAGAAGCAGAGGGUCCAUCUAUGUGUUCUUUCGCUUGUCUUAUACCAGGUGUCUCUAUCCAUCUCCGCAGAGGGAUAGGGGUUAAAUUGCAGGCAUUUUAAAAUUUCAUAGUCCCUCAUUUCAAAUGAGACUGUUUUGCUAUUAUGCCAAGCAACUGUAUGGAGCCCAUUUUUUACAAAAGAGGGUAUGUUAUGAAAUUGGACGUAAACAGAAUAUUAUAUUCAGUAGGAAACAUACAAAAUAUCUUCAGUAAUCAUCACAACUCAUUUCAUCACUCCAAGACAACAUGAGAAUGAAAUUUUUGAAAAUUUGUUUUGCUUUUAGAUUUUUUAUUAAUGUAUAUUAGAUGGAUAAACUUCCAUUGCAUCGUGUAUUAAUUCGAAUAAAAAAUUUCCAAUUUGGUUCAAUAAUAUUUCAUUUACAAACAUUUUUUCACCAAAUAGGCGACCUCACAAAUAGAUAUAUUUCAAAAUAGAUUUCCACGUCAUUUGAUUGUUGCCAGUUUUAAUUUGGGGAAAUUUCACCCCUAAUUCUGUUUGUUUGUCCUGUACUGGUAACCCUUCCAAUGGUAUACGGAAUAUUUGUGGUUUGUGCACGCUAAGAUCAUUUUAUCCAUCAAGAUUUACAGUUUUUUUCCAUUUAGACCCUUUUCGCAUCUCCAAAACUAUCUAAUUGCAUAAUCAGUAUAAUUUGAUGGUUUUCGAUUUCCCCAUCUUGUAAAUCAACAUAAUUUGUUCAGAUUGCUCUACUUUAUAAAACGUUAUGUAUAUUAUUUUAUAGAUAUUAUUGUUUUUAUAAAUUUAUAUAUAAAUAGAUAUUUUUUUGCUCA